AUGCAAUUUAUCUAACAAAAUUAAAAUCUAAGAAAUGUAUAAGUUGAUACUUUGAAAAUUUCAAAAGGAUUAGUCUAAUAAUAUAUCAACUCUGUAAGAAUAAAUUUUAAUUAGGUCUAAACAAAAUAUUGUGGACAUUUUCAACAUUUCUUUGAAUUAGAUGAAGUUGUGAAUUAAUUCAAUAAUUACUCUAAAUUUAUAUGCGGAAUUUGUUAAUAGUCUGCAUAUACUAUUGCUGAUCUAGUUUUGUAUAUUAGCUAUCAUGCGUAUUAAGAAUUCCAUAAAUCUGUUGAUCCUAUUCAUAUCAUUAAUGGAAUAUUAAUAAACAAAUAUUGUUAGAAAGGAUAUUUACUUAAAACCAUUUUUCAAUGUCUAGAUCCGAGACUAGAUUUUGUAAUCAUAUUUGAAAAAUGAAAUAUUUGAUUAUUCUCUCAACUAAUAAAAUGGGAAUAUAGAAUUUUAGCAUUCUGUCUCCUAGAUAAUGUAUAAAUUAAUAUACCAGUAAAAAUAAGAGGAUGUACUCAUUUAGAAUGCUAUGAAUUAACAAGUUUGCCUCAACUUCAAAAUAUUAAUUCGCAGAAUCAACAAAUUAUUGAAUGCAAUCAUCCAAAAUGUAAUCAGACGUUAGAUAUUUCAAGUUAAAUAUAUUCUUUAGCUAAAUUUAUAUUGAAGUAUAACUUCUUAAAAUGAUCGAAAAAAAGAGUAAUAGAAUUCAAUAAAAAUAAAAUAUAAUAAAUAAACUUAAUCCCUUGAACCUAAAAAUUAGAGUUCGGUAAACUUUCUGAUGACUUCUAGAAUAAAUAUAGCUAAUGAGAAGAGAACUAGACGAAUUAGAAUGU